AUGACUGAAGAUUACAAGGAAAGUGUAUUCCAGAUGAUGUAUAAAUGCAACCGCCCGACUGUGAAAGCUGAGAUCGUAGCGUACUUCAAAGGAGAGAUUAAGCCGAGUGUGCUACAAGAUAUACUUGAUACAUUAGAGAAUGAAGGGAGCUUGAUAACGAAGAUUUAUGGAAAAUCAAAAGUGUAUCUGAUUAAUCAAGAUUUGUUUAAUUACGAUGAGGAAGGAGAGGAGCUUGAUAGAGAGUUGAACGAGUAUGAAAGUAGGCUUGCAGUGUUAAAAAGCGAUGCUGAGCUGGUUGAAAAGGAAGUUGAGAUGUUCAACAAGAUACUGCCGAUUGAGCAGAUAAUUGAGCAGAUUGAUAUGAUUAGUGCAAGGAUUGAAGAUAACAAAGAAAGACUGAAUAACUUGCAGAAUAAUGAGAUUGAGGUUGAUAGCAAAGAUAUGGCAGCAGCGAAGAAAGGAUAUGAAAAGGCUAUAUGCACCCUAAAGAGGAUGAAGAAGGUAUUUGAUGAGGUGAUAGACAAGUUGUCAGAAGGACUGGACAUGAAGAAGUCGCAGCUGUAUGAGGAGAUUGGAAUUGAAGUGUAA